AUGUUAAACAGCAUUUCUAGAGAUGGUGUUGGUAAAAAUAUAGUUCAAUGUCCUGAUAAGGAAAUUUCAAUAAGAAUGACUCAGUGUAUAAUUAAAGCAAAAAAAUCUAAUGAUUCUGUUGGUGGAACUGUAACAUGUGUUAUUCGUAAUGUACCAUCAAGAUUGGGUGAACCAUGUUUUGAUAAAUUAGAAGCUAAAUUAGCACAUGCAAUGUUUUCAAUCCCUCUACCAAAGGAUUUGAGAUUGGAAGUGGCUUCCAAGGGAGAAUCAAUCACAAACGGUGUUGAUAGAAUUCUUGUUGUAAGAGGCCAUCAUGAUCCUUGUGUUGUACCACGUGCUGUCCCAAUUGUUGAGGCAGUGGCUUGCUUUAGUUGUUAUGGAGUAAGCGUUGUUCCAAUAAAAUCAUCUAAUGAAACAACAGAAAAUAAAGACUCAUAG